AUGUUUUCACCCUCCGUCAAACGUAAGACAAUCUCUCAGCUGCCUGACGAUAUUUUAUACAUCAUCGUUGAAAAAUAUUCGGAUCUUUCUUCGACUGUAGCUCUUCGCGGCACUUGUCGAGAUUUUUACCAUAGGUUGCCAAAUUCAAUUGUAUUCUCCGAGCUUUCGAUUCCAUACAACAUGACCAGCUCUCAGCUUGAGAAGUUUAUCAAGCAUAGCUGCUCAUCACAUAAUCUUCGAUAUGUGAGAAGGGUUUCAGUAAACGGGUCGAGCAUCGAUGUCAAUUCAAUCCUGGAGAUAUUGAGAAAAAGCGAGCUAAUUCAAUCGGUCUCAAUCGUCGGAUGCGAAAACUUUUCAAUUCCAGUAUUAAUGAGCACUUUGGUUGAAUGGCAGCAAGACAAAUCUGGUAACGCCCCGGCCAUGACCAUGUUUAAGAGCUUUCUUUUCUCUCGCUGCAUUGUCGGAGCUAGAAAUGCCUUAGCGAUAAAAAAAAUUAAUCUGAAUCUAGACAUAAUAAAUAAAGCUCGAAGUAACAAGCAAUCCAUUUUCGAUCUCACGGAAUGUGAGGAUAAAAAUUGCAAGGAUUGCACAUUAAG